AUGGAAAAUAUAAGCUUUGAAGAAAAAUACGAUUCAGAAAAUUCAUCGAAUAGUAACAUUCUAUCACAAAACAGCACACAAAAACAGACUGAAAGUAUUAUUUCAAGAGAAUAUCCUUUCAAAAACUUAUUUGAGUUCAACGAUAAGUCAUGGACUCCUUUUGUGAAUCAGGAAAAUAUUAAAAUACCCAAGAAUGAACAGUCUAAUAUGCAACAGAUGCGACAAUACGCAGAAUGUAAAGAAUCCUUACAGUCUUUCUAUCACUUAAAACAAGAUCCGGUCAACGAAUUAAAACAAAGUACAAAAAGACUACUUUUAUUAGUUGAAGAAAUCCAAUUGAGAAUCCACAGAAACACUUCAUAUGUGGAGGACCGCAAUAAUGAAAGGCCGAUUCCAUUACUGGACGACACGAAUGAAGAUGAAGAUUGUUCUGUGUAUAAAAGAUUGAUAAGAAAAUGUCACUGUCUUAAUAGAGAAGAAUUCAAUGAUUUUAUCAUUCAUUUUAAUGAAGAUACGAAACAUUUUACAAAUACACUUGGAGAAAUUAUAAAAAAUGUUCGCAUAGUCAAGAAGUUCCUGUAUAUGGGUGGACCGUACACAAAAAAUGCGCUUGUAUUUUUAAACGAAGCUCUUUCCGAAUCUUCAUUCGCUGAAAAAGCGGAAAUAAUGGAAGGUGUUUCACAUGCAGAUCUGUGUAAUAUUUUUGAAGAUCAUUCAUUAGUCUUCACGUUUAUUAAUUGGCCAUCUAGAUACGAGGAUCUCAAAGACGUUGUAGUUCAAAACUCAACAGCGUAUUUACUGUUCAAACUGUCACAGCUUACAGAAGGUCGACGAUAUCUUAACUUUAAUUCUAAAAUAACUUCGGAAAUAAAGAAAGUUUUGCGAAAGAAAUCGUCCAAACUAGAAUCGAAUACUAUCGAGCUUCUAACCAGCACAAUAAACUUAAUGCAUCCUCCGUUAAACGAAUCUUCAAAUUUCGCAUAUAACUGUCAAGCUGUUCGCGAAGGAUACGGAAGGAAAAUAUUGAAUAUCCUGUUAAACUAUAAAGACUACAUGACUCUGGACGAACUUCUAACUCAUUUAGAUUUACUACAAAAUCUUAGUAAACAAGAAGAUGGGCAAAUAGAGCUCAUCAAACUUUUACCGGAGAUGCUUAAUUUAAUUAAAUCAUUACUAACUCAGCACGAUAAUAGCCUAAUGAAUGUUGUCAUUACUAAUAUACUGAGCAAUUUAUCACCGAAGGUAAAUGACGAUGAUCGUUACCUUACAACUACAGUUUCCGCUGGUGUCGGCACAGAGCCAACGCAUCUAGUAAAUGAAUCAAUCCAAAUAUCCUUGAAGAAAAUGCAUUUUAAGAAGAUCAACAAGUCUAAAUUAAUAUUAUUAAACAAAUAUCGGCAACCAUCCAAAACUAAAGCUGAGUCAAGGAAACCAGUAAUCAUUGUGCCAAUAGAAAAAUAAAGCUAAACAAAAAGUGUAGUAAAAUCAAUCACAUUUACAACAUUGUAACAUUUUUGUAUAAAAUAUCUUAAAGAGUAUAUAAACUUUAUGCAAUAAAAAUAUUAAAUACA